UAAACGCAUCCAAGAAAAUGAACAUUGUAUACUUCAACAAAACACAACUGAUCGAAUACCGUUUCUCUUUCUUUCUCUCUCUGUGUCUAAUAAAUAAAAAUUCUAAAAAAAAACAACAAAUGGAGCCUCCGUCCUCGGAAUCCCAGGAAAACCAUCAACAGCAGGAGCAGCAGCACCAAAACGUCGUCGUAAUGCGACACGGAGACCGCAAGGACAACUUCGAGCCAUUGUGGGUGACCACCGCUGAGAGGCCGUGGGAUCCACCUCUCGUGGAGGGGGGUCGGGUCCGGGCCUUUUGCACCGGUCGGAAGAUCCGAAAUCAACUCGGGUUCCCAAUCCACCGGGUCUUCGUGUCCCCUUUCGUCCGCUGCGUCGAGACCGCAUCUCAAGUCGUCUCUGCUCUUUGUGCCCUUCACGAUGAUCCCAACAAUCUCACUGGCGACAACGUCUCCAUCGAUCCCUCCAAACUCAAGGUCUCUAUCGAGUAUGGAUUAUGUGAAAUGCUAAACACUGAAGCAAUCAGACCUGGUUUGGCUCCUAAAGAUGGGAACUGGGGCUUCAAUAUCUCAGAGCUUGAAGGAAAGUUUCCUGCUGGAACAGUGGACAACACUGUGGAACCAGUGUAUAAAGAGUUGCCGCAGUGGGAAGAGACUGUGCCAGGUGCAAGGACUAGAUAUGCUCAUAUUUUUCAGGCAUUGGCAGAUAAAUAUCCUACAGAAAACUUGCUACUUAUCACACAUGGGGAAGGAGUUGGGGUGGCAGUUUCUACAUUCAUGAAGGAUACUACUGUUUAUGCAGUAGAGUAUUGUGCAUAUACAGAACUAAGAAGACCCAUCUUCCACAAAGACCAGUCAUUUACUGCAGGAAAUUUUGAGGUGCUUACACACAAUGGAAAGACUGGUAUCGAAUACAUUCAGAAUGUGAAAGAUGAUAUCAAUGGAAUGUCAUAGUGGUCAUGCAUAACACAGUUUCUUUUGAUGUCUGCUGGGAUUUUACGUGAGAGUCGUUUGAAUUGAAUUGUUUUAGUCUUGAGGUUCUUUGGGUGUACAAGUUUAUUAGAUAACACGUGUUUUCUUUAUUUAGUUAUUGUUUUCUGCUUUGAAAAUCAAUGGGAGAAGCAAAGAAAUGAAUGAAGCUUCCUUUCAUUAAAUGUCCCUUUUUGUCUCUUAGUAGUGGCAGAACAGGAUAAAACAUGAGGAAUUUUCAGUGCAAUUUCUUGGAUUC